ACAUUCCAGGAUCUAGUAUCAGACAUUUAUAUGUCUUGUAACCACCGAAAACUCGUCCAGACUGCCUUUUCGAACGAAGGCUCUAGGGCUGUUUAUACGUGUCUCGAUAGCCCCUUCGUAACCGUCCGCCAACAUGCCAAAGCCAGCAGCGAACCAAGAGGAUGAAGAUCCUACCCCAUACCUCUUCGUCUCCUUGGAACAGAAACGUAUAGACCAGACCAAGCCCUACGAUGCCAAAAAAUCUUGCUGGGUCCCGGACGAAAAAGAGGGAUUCAUACUUGGUGAAAUCAGGGGCACCAAGGGUGACCUUGUCACCGUUGGUAUUCCCGGAGGAGAGGAGAAAAAUGUGAAAAAGGAUCAAGUUUUCCAAGUGAAUCCGCCCAAAUACGAAAAAGUCGAAGAUAUGGCCGAUUUGACCUAUUUAAACGAUGCUGCUGUAUUGUACAACUUAAAACAGCGCUACUAUGCUAAACUGAUUUACACCUACUCCGGUCUUUUCUGCGUCGCCAUCAACCCUUACAAGCGCUACCCGGUAUACACCAACCGUUGUGCAAAACUCUACCGUGGUAAGAGGCGUAAUGAAGUGCCACCCCAUAUUUUCGCUAUUUCUGACGGAGCCUACGUUAACAUGUUGACCAACCACGAAAAUCAAUCUAUGUUGAUUACUGGUGAAUCUGGUGCCGGAAAAACUGAAAACACGAAAAAGGUAAUUGCCUACUUCGCCACCGUUGGUGCUUCCACCAAGAAGCCCACCGAAGAACAGCAGAAGAAGGGUACCCUUGAAGAUCAAGUAGUGCAAACUAACCCCGUACUUGAAGCCUUCGGUAACGCCAAGACCGUGCGUAACGACAACUCUUCCCGUUUCGGUAAAUUCAUCCGUAUCCACUUCGGCCCUACUGGAAAAUUGGCUGGUGCUGACAUUGAAACCUAUCUGCUGGAGAAAGCCCGUGUCAUUUCCCAACAGUCCCUGGAACGGUCUUACCACAUCUUCUACCAGAUCAUGUCUGGUGCCGUUUCCGGAUUGAAAGAAAUGUGUCUCUUGUCCAAUAAUGUAUCGGAUUACAACUUCGUCGCCCAGGGCAAAACCACAAUUCCCAACGUAGACGACAACGAAGAAUGUAGAUUAACUGAUCAAGCCUUCGAUAUUCUUGGUUUCACCCAAGAAGAGAAGAACGACAUCUACAAGAUCACCGCCUCUGUCAUGCACAUGGGUACCAUGAAAUUCAAGCAAAGAGGUCGUGAAGAACAGGCUGAAGCUGACGGUACUGAGGAUGGUGAAAGAGUUGCCAAACUCUUGGGAGUUGACACCACCCAACUCUACACCGCUCUGGUUAAGCCCAGAAUCAAGGUCGGUAACGAGUUCGUUACCCAAGGUAGGAACGUCAACCAAGUAUCCUACUCCGUGGGCGCCAUGUCGAAGGCCAUGUUCGACAGACUGUUCAAGUUCCUGGUCAAGAAAUGUAACGAAACUUUGGACACCAAGCAAAAGAGACAGCACUUCAUUGGUGUACUGGAUAUUGCCGGUUUUGAAAUUUUCGACUUCAACAGCUUUGAGCAACUUUGCAUCAACUUCACCAAUGAAAAGUUACAACAAUUCUUUAAUCAUCACAUGUUUGUGCUUGAACAAGAAGAAUACAAACGUGAGGGUAUCGAAUGGGCUUUCAUUGAUUUUGGCAUGGACUUGGCUGCCUGUAUUGAACUUAUUGAGAAGCCUAUGGGUAUCUUGUCCAUCCUUGAAGAAGAAUCUAUGUUCCCCAAAGCUACCGAUCAAACCUUCGUUGAAAAGUUGAACACCAACCAUUUGGGCAAAUCUCCCAACUACCAGAAGCCCAAACCACCAAAGCCCGGCCAGCAAGCUGCCCACUUCACCCUUGGUCACUACGCUGGUAAUGUCCCAUACAACAUCACCGGUUGGUUGGAAAAGAACAAGGAUCCCUUGAACGACACCGUUGUCGAUCUUUUCAAGAAGGGUACCAACAAGCUGUUGUGCGAAAUCUUCUCUGACCAUCCCGGACAGUCCGGUGGAGCCGAGGCCAAAGGAGGCCGUGGAAAGAAGGGUGGUGGUUUCGCGACUGUAUCUUCCGCCUACAAGGAACAAUUGAACAACCUGAUGUCCACCUUGAGAGCCACCCAGCCUCAUUUCGUCCGUUGCAUCAUCCCCAACGAAUUGAAACAGCCUGGUCUCAUUGACUCCCACUUGGUUAUGCACCAGCUGACCUGUAACGGUGUACUUGAAGGUAUCCGUAUCUGCAGAAAAGGUUUCCCCAACAGGAUGGUCUACCCUGACUUCAAACUUCGAUACAAAAUUCUGGCACCAAGUUCGAUCAAGGCCAGCACCACUCCUGAAAAAGCCGCCGAAAUUAUUUUGGACGCCAUAGCUUUAGAGAAAGAGCAAUUUCGGAUGGGUAAAACCAAGGUAUUCUUCCGUGCUGGUGUUUUGGGUCAGAUGGAAGAAUUGCGUGAUGAACGUUUGGGCAAAAUCGUCACCUGGAUGCAAUCCUGGGUCAGAGGUUAUCUGUCCAGGAAAGAGUUUAAGAGGCUGCAAGAGCAACGUUUGGCCCUCCAAGUGUGCCAGAGGAACUUGAGGAAGUACCUCAAGUUGAGGACCUGGCCCUGGUACAAACUGUGGCAGAAGGUCAGGCCUCUCCUCAACGUCACCCGCAUCGAGGAUGAGAUCGCUAAACUGGAAGAGAAGGCUGCUAAAGCCCAGGAAGCUUACGAGCGUGAGGCUAAGGCCAAGAAGGAGUUGGAAACCUUGUAUGCCAAACUCCUGACUGAGAAGACCGAUCUGUUGAGCACUCUUGAGGGCGAGAAGGGAAGCCUUUCCGAGACCCAAGAGAGAGCCAACAAAUUGCAGGCCCAGAAGAGCGAUCUUGAGGCUCAAUUACAAGAAACUCAAGACCGUCUGAGCCAAGAGGAGGACUCCCGCAACCAACUCACCCAGCAAAAGAAGAAGCUCGAACAAGAAAUCAACGGUUUCAAGAAAGACAUCGAAGAUCUCGAGUUGAACCUCCAAAAGUCCGAACAAGACAAGGCCACCAAGGACCAUCAAAUCAGGAACUUGAACGAUGAAAUCGCCCACCAGGACGAGCUCAUCAACAAGCUGAACAAGGAGAAGAAGGUUGGAGGCGAAAACAACCAAAAGAUCUCCGAAGAACUCCAGGCUGCCGAAGACAAGGUCAACCACUUGAACAAAGUGAAGGCCAAGUUGGAACAGACCUUGGACGAAUUGGAAGACUCCCUGGAACGCGAAAAGAAACUCCGUGGUGAUGUUGAAAAGUCCAAGAGGAAGGUUGAGGGCGACCUCAAACUCACUCAGGAAGGCGUCGCCGACUUGGAAAGGAACAAGAAGGAACUCGAACAGACCAUUCAACGCAAGGACAAGGAAAUCUCAUCUCUCACCGCUAAACUCGAAGACGAACAAUCCGUUGUUGGAAAGACCCAGAAACAGAUCAAGGAACUCCAGGCCCGUAUCGAAGAACUCGAAGAAGAAGUGGAAGCCGAACGUCAAGCUCGUGCUAAAGCUGAAAAACAACGUGCUGACCUCGCUAGGGAACUGGAAGAAUUGGGAGAACGCCUUGAAGAAGCUGGUGGCGCCACUUCUGCUCAAAUUGAAUUGAACAAGAAGAGGGAAGCUGAACUUGCCAAGCUCCGCCGUGACUUGGAAGAAUCCAACAUCCAGCACGAAGGUACUUUGGCUAACUUGCGCAAGAAGCACAACGAUGCCGUAUCCGAAAUGGGCGAGCAGAUCGACCAACUCAACAAGCUGAAGGCCAAGGCUGAGAAAGAAAAGGCUCAAUACUUCGGCGAACUUAACGACCUCCGUGCUUCCGUCGACCAUUUGGCUAACGAAAAGGCUGCCAUUGAAAAGGUAUCCAAGCAAUUGCAACAGCAACUCAAUGACGUGCAAGGAAAACUUGAUGAAACCAACCGCACCUUGAACGACUUCGACGCCGCCAAGAAGAAGCUCUCAAUUGAAAACUCUGACCUGCUCAGACAAUUGGAAGAAGCCGAAUCCCAGGUAUCCCAACUGAGCAAGAUCAAGGUCUCCCUUACCACCCAAUUGGAAGACACCAAGAGGUUGGCCGAUGAAGAGAGCCGCGAGCGUGCCACCCUUCUGGGCAAAUUCCGCAACUUGGAACACGACUUGGACAACAUCCGCGAACAAGUGGAAGAAGAGGCUGAAGCCAAGGCCGACAUCCAACGCCAGCUCAGCAAGGCCAACGCUGAAUCCCAACUGUGGCGCCAGAAAUACGAAUCCGAAGGUGUCGCCCGCUCUGAAGAACUGGAGGAAGCCAAGAGGAAGCUGCAAGCCCGUCUUGCUGAAGCCGAAGAGACCAUCGAGUCCCUCAACCAGAAGGUUGUAGCUCUUGAGAAGACCAAGCAACGUCUGGCCACUGAAGUCGAGGACUUGCAACUGGAAGUCGACCGUGCCACCGCAAUUGCCAACGCUGCUGAGAAGAAACAGAAGGCAUUCGACAAGAUCAUUGGAGAAUGGAAACUGAAGGUCGAUGACUUGGCCGCUGAACUUGACGCCAGCCAGAAGGAGUGCCGCAACUAUUCCACCGAAUUGUUCAGACUCAAGGGAGCAUACGAAGAAGGCCAGGAACAGUUGGAAGCUGUCCGUCGCGAAAACAAGAACCUCGCUGAUGAAGUUAAGGACCUGCUUGACCAAAUCGGUGAAGGUGGCCGCAACAUCCACGAAAUCGAAAAGGCCAGAAAGCGCUUGGAGGCCGAAAAAGACGAACUCCAGGCUGCUCUUGAAGAAGCUGAGGCUGCCUUGGAACAGGAAGAGAACAAGGUGUUGAGAAGUCAAUUGGAGCUGUCCCAGGUGCGCCAAGAAAUCGACAGGCGCAUCCAGGAGAAAGAGGAAGAGUUCGAGAACACCAGGAAGAACCACCAACGUGCCCUGGACUCCAUGCAAGCCUCCCUGGAAGCCGAAGCCAAGGGUAAAGCUGAGGCCCUCCGCAUGAAGAAGAAGUUGGAAGCCGACAUCAACGAAUUGGAAAUUGCUUUGGACCACGCUAACAAGGCUAACGCCGAGGCCCAAAAGACCAUCAAACGCUACCAACAACAGCUCAAGGACACCCAACAGGCCCUUGAAGAGGAACAACGUGCUCGUGACGAAGCUCGCGAGCAAUUGGGCAUCUCCGAACGUCGUGCCAACGCCCUGCAAAACGAGCUCGAAGAGUCGCGCACUCUUUUGGAACAAUCCGACCGCGCUCGCCGUCAAGCCGAACAAGAAUUGGGAGACGCUCACGAACAGCUGAACGACCUCGCCGCCCAGAAUGCUUCCAUGUCCGCUGCCAAGAGGAAAUUGGAAACCGAACUCCAGACAUUGCAUUCCGACCUUGAUGAGCUCCUGAACGAGGCCAAGAACUCCGAAGAAAAGGCCAAGAAAGCCAUGGUUGACGCUGCCCGUCUAGCUGACGAACUCCGUGCCGAGCAAGACCACGCUCAAACCCAAGAGAAACUCCGCAAGGCCCUCGAAACUCAAAUCAAGGACUUGCAAGUGCGUCUGGACGAGGCUGAAGCCAACGCCCUCAAGGGAGGCAAGAAGGCCAUUGCCAAGCUCGAACAGAGAGUGAGGGAACUCGAAAACGAACUCGACGGAGAACAGAGGAGACAUGCUGAUGCCCAGAAGAACCUCAGGAAAUCUGAACGCCGCAUCAAGGAGCUGAGCUUCCAAGCUGAAGAGGACAGGAAGAACCACGAGCGCAUGCAAGACUUGGUCGACAAACUCCAACAGAAGAUCAAGACCUACAAGAGGCAGAUCGAGGAAGCCGAAGAAAUCGCCGCUCUCAACUUGGCUAAAUUCCGCAAGGCACAACAAGAACUGGAGGAAGCCGAAGAACGCGCCGACCUCGCCGAACAAGCUAUUGCCAAAUUCCGUGCGAAGGGACGUGCUGGAUCAAGCGCCAGAGGACAGAGCCCAGCGCCAAGACAGCGCCCACAAUUGGGAGAAGGUGGUCUUUUCCCCCCAAGGUUCGACCUCGCCCCCGAAGGUGAUUACUAGACGUAACGCGCUGUGUUAGUUUUAAAGCAAAUAAAUGAACUCUGAACGCGGUGUUACCAUUCAGGCCGCGAGUGUAAUUUCUAUUUUUAAUUAAUAAUUUUUAAUUGUUACCUACAAUUAUUUUUUAUUUCGUUAUGUUAAUUUCGCCUUUUUUUCAAUUAAAAGUAUGAUUCCGUUGUUUCAUUACAUAGUGUUAUUAUAUGGGAAAACGCGGAGAAUGGAGGCAAAAAGAGACACGUAUUUCCAUCACAUUCAGCCUUUGGUCUCUGUGUUUCCCAAUAUAACAAAUCAAUCCAUGUAUUUUGUAAAAAGUCCAGGUUAUUUUAACUUAUUGUAUGUGUGGAUAUGUUGUAUGAUAUAAGGCACCAAAUAAACAAAUUAUAUCGUU